CUCUUUAUGGUAAUGAAUUGUGGCUUAUACACAGUCAUCUUUACCUCUCUUUCUAUCACUCUCUCUCUUGCCUUUUUAUUUUUGAAUACAAAAUAAUAUGGAUCUCUUUCAUCUAUUAGGAAGUGGUGCUAAGUUUGACAAAAACCGCUUCAAGCACGACAUCACUUUAUUCGAAGGUGAAAAAGAAGCCAAUCAGAUACAAUCCAAAAAGCGCAACGCAGCAGCUGUCGAUUCCAAUGUACGUUCUCAGCUCCUGGACGAGAUCGAUUUCUUCAAAACAACGCAUACUGUCGUCGAUCAGCCAAGAAAAAAGAAAAAGGAAAAUGAUAAAGACAGUGACUCUGAGAGUGAUGAGGACAUAAAGCCAAAGAAAGACAAAAAGUCAACCAUUUUUAAAAAUGUCGAAGAGGCCAAUUUAUUUAGAAAACAACAUAAAAUUAAAGUCUAUGGUACUGAUGUGCCAAACCCUUUCAGAACAUUUGAAGAUCUUGCUUCACCUGCAUAUAAUUUGGAACCCAAGCUGUAUAAUAAUUUGAUGUCUAUGGCAUAUACAACACCCACGCCUGUACAGAUGCAAUCUAUUCCCAUCAUGCUCAACGGUCGUGAUAUAAUGUCCUGUGCUCCUACAGGUUCGGGUAAAACAAUGGCUUACUUGCUUCCUAUUAUACAAGACUUGAAGAAACCAGAAAAGAAAGUGAGCUAUCGUGCCUUGAUUAUCGCACCCACCCGAGAAUUGGCACAGCAGAUCGCAAGAGAGGCGAAUCAUUUGGCUCAAGGCACAAAACUCCGAGUGAACGUUUUAGCCAAAGCUACAGCAGCUGAUAAAGCACAAACACCUGAAUCAAGACAAAAGUUUGACAUUUUGGUAACUACUCCUCUUCGACUGGUGUAUGCGAUUAAAGAAAACGAAGUAGACCUGAGUGCAGUUCGGCAUUUAGUACUUGAUGAAGCAGACAAACUUUUAGAAAAGGGCUUUUUGGGUCAGACAGACGAAAUUUUUGCUGCAUGCACAUCAACAACCAUUCAGAAAUCACUGUUUAGUGCUACAUUUUCAUCACACAUCGAAGAACUCGCUAAGAGUGUGAUGAAGGAUCCGAUUCGCAUUGUCAUUGGUGCCAAAAACGCCGCUACAGAUACCAUUAAACAAGAAUUGCUAUUUACAGGAACUGAGGCAGGAAAACGCAUUGCACUCCGUCAACUGAUCCAAAGAGGACUUAAACCACCUGUGCUGAUCUUUGUCCAAUCGAUUGAUCGAGCCAAGGAGCUAUUUCAUGAACUUGUAUUUGAUGGCAUUAAUGUAGAAGUGAUACAUUCAGAUCGAACCAAGGCGCAAAGAGACAAUAUUAUCAACCAGUUUAGAAUAGGCAAGAUUUGGGUUUUAAUUGCGACAGAUUUGAUGGCUCGAGGUCUUGAUUUCAAAGGCGUCAAUUUGGUUAUCAAUUAUGAUUUCCCACAAUCAGUGGCAAGUUACAUUCAUCGCAUUGGUCGUACAGGUCGUGCUGGACGAGCUGGUGAGGCAGUUACCUAUUACACACAAGAAGAUUUCCCAUAUCUGAAAAAGGUGGUUAAUGUGAUGAAAGAGUCUGGCUGUGACGUUCCAGAUUGGAUGUUGAAAUCUGCCAAACAAGCUGCCAAACAAGCUGUCAAAAACAACAGCAAAAAGAUUGUUAAAAAGGACAUGAAGAAAGUAGACACAAAGAACACAAAGAAAGACAGUAAAAAAGUUACCAAAAAAGACAUUAAAAAAGAUCAAGAAUAAAAAAAUAAUAUCUAUUGUUACAAAGCAAUCGAUUUACACUUUUUUUUCCUCUUUAAGUCCAUGUCGUUUUACACAGCAUGUUACAGUCGGAGAUCUUAUGAUCGGGG